CAGAGACAGACGGACGCGUCUUUUCGGCCCUCCGUCGACUGCAGUUCUUUCGAAAAAGCGCGAAACCGAAACUGAAACUGAAACUUAGAAUUCUGAAAGAGAAAGAGAACGAGAAAGAGAAACCGCAGGGGCAAGGUAAACUACAUAUUUUUUUCGAGUGUGCAGUGUGAAAAGCGGCGGGGAGAAAUCGCAAACGAGAAAACAGAAGACGGAAAUGAAGCCGGCAAGUUGUGUGCAUAUCGGAGAAAGUAACGGAAAUUAAAAUUUGCAUACAUGCAAGAGGCGGCGGGCGGCGGUGGGCGGUCAUCGGUAAGCGGUUAGCGGAGAGCGGUAAGCGGUAAGCGGUGACCGGUAAGCGGUAAGCGGUGACCAGUGAGCGAUGAAGAUGGAAAUUAAGAUGAAAGCGAGCCCGAAAGCGACCGAAACAAGACUCAAGUGCCAGAUCUAACUGCAGACUCGUGCGCAAUCCAACCCACCAGCCGAAAGUCGAGCGAAAAAAAACCGAAUAUAUAUAUAUAGACUCCCAGGAGCACUAGUCCAGAUCCACAAAAAAAAAAAAAGAGAAGAAGAAGAAGUCCAGAGCAGACAUGCCGUCGCCAGGACACACAUCAUUCUGCUGCUCCACGGCAGGAUUUAUCGCUUGCUCAGCAAUCGUUCUGCUCUGCAGUUCCGAGGUCCUGUCCAGCUGGGAGGAGUGGUGGACAUACGAUGGCAUAUCCGGACCAAGCUUCUGGGGCCUCAUCAACCCGCAGUGGAACAUGUGCAACAAGGGCCGCCGCCAGUCGCCCAUCGACGUCGUUCCCGACAAGCUGCUCUUCGAUCCCUACCUGCGACCCCUCCACAUCGACAAGCACAAGGUGUCUGGGACUCUGCACAACACCGGCCAGUCGCUCGUCUUCCGCGUGGACAAGGACACCAAGCAGCACGUGAACAUCUCCGGCGGACCGCUGGCCUACCGCUACCAGUUCGAGGAGAUCUACAUCCACUACGGCACCGAGAACGUCCGCGGGUCCGAGCACUUCAUCCAGGGAUACAGCUUUCCCGGCGAGAUCCAGAUCUACGGAUUCAACAAGGAGCUGUACCACAACAUGUCCGAGGCGCAGCACAAGUCGCAGGGAAUCGUGGGCCUCUCGCUGAUGGUGCAAAUUGGGGAGACGCCCAAUCCCGAGCUGCGGAUCAUCACGAGCACCUUCAGCAAGGUGUUGUACAGAGGCUUCUCAACGCCCAUCCGGCACAUUUCGGUGAGGUCGCUGCUGCCGAACACGGACCACUACAUCACCUACGAGGGCUCCACCACGCAUCCGGGCUGCUGGGAGAGCACCGUCUGGAUCAUAGUUAAUAAGCCCAUCUAUAUCACCAAACAGGAGUUGUACCAACUCCGACGACUGAUGCAAGGCUCCGAGAGUACACCCAAAGCUCCACUAGGAAAUAAUGCGCGACCCGUGCAAAGUUUACACCAUAGAACCGUAAGAACGAACAUAGAUUUUAAGCGCAACAAGAAUCAGUAUGCGUGCCCCUCGAUGUACAAGGAUAUGUACUAUCGGGCGAAUCGGUGGUCGCCAGAUACGGGUCUCUUGAUACGUUGACAACUGGAGAAGAGCGAGCCCUGUGGAAAGCAAUUAUUAUUAUUGCUACUAUUAUUAUUAUUAUGUAUGGUAAAUAAUGUUACAGCAAUUACAACUAUAAUGACAACAACUGGUUACAAAAACAUCAACAACUGAGGCUGGCAACGAAGCAUUUUGCAUUUUGCAUUUUUUAUGUCGCAUUCAAUUUUUAUAUUCAUGUUUACAACACGAACUCAGGAUUCGUUUGGCUUGCAAUUGCAAUAUUCCUACGGCAGUGGCAGCAACAGCAACAGCAGCAUAGCAAUUUGUAUUAUUUAUUUCAUUAUUUUUAAUAAUACAACAGCGGGACAAAUUUAGGUAGCAAAUGCAUGCGAGAGCGGUAAAAACGAAUGCUUAUAGAGCGCGCAUAACAAUAGAGUGAAUGCCAUGCUGAGCUAAAUAAAUGCUAAAUUAAAGAAACAAAAAAACAGCAGACAAAAAGCAAACAGUUGCUAAAAUUUGCGUGAAAAUUUUAUUGCAUAUUUUUCUGCGUUAGAGAGCAUGCGAACUUAAUUCAAUGAAAUUCAAUACAAUUCGUUUUUGUCUUGGAUUUAUGAUUAACAUAAAAAGCGAACGAGUCCAUUGCAGUUUGCAGUUUUUUGUGCCCGGCUUAAAUUUGUAAAUCGAAGCGCGUUAAUUAAAUAAGCCAGACUUUUGCUUUUCAAUCAUCUAUUUUCAAUGGCGAUUCUCGUCGAACAGGAAAUCUGGUCGGUUCAAAGGCUUAGAUUUAAUCCGAACUCAUUUGAAUAUUUCUGAUUCAGCGCACCUAUAUAUUAUAAUUAUAUUCGAUUCGCCUCCUUUUUAUUUUUUUGCAAUGCAACCAAAAACAAAAAAAAAAAACAAUGAAACAGAAAACAGAAAACAGAAAAGAGAAACAAUGUUAAAAGCAACAAAAAAAAAGCGACAACAAAGUGAAAUAAGAGAAUUUCCGUAAACUGGAUGGGUGGACAAUAACUAAAAAACAAAACAAAACAAAAGAAAACGAAAGACAAAUGAAGCGAUGGAGACGAAAUAUAAACAAAUGGCAACAUAAAUUAACAAAAGUAAAUAUUCAUAUAAAUAUACACAAAGUAAAGGUAUCUAUAUAAAGCGUAUAUAUAUAUAUAUACACACACACACAGGUAUGUACACCAUUCGAUGAGGAGAGUCGCAAAUAUCUUCAGGGAAUCGCAAUAUUAUUACCGACAUUUUGAGGAGAUAUACUUCAAAUUAUUCUUAUAACAUUUCACAACUUCACACACAUUUUAAAUAUAUAUUCUCUGGAGAUUUCUGCGGCAACCCUGAUUAUACACAUACACACUAUAUAUGUGAAAGAGAAAUAAAACAAGCGAACUACUAAGCAAUGCAAUAUGGAAGUUGACCAGAAGUCGGUACACUAUAUAUGUAGGGAGGCUAAUGUACGAACCCCGACUCAAGAUAUACCCACACACAUCCAAGGCAUUUAUAAGCGUCUAUAUACUUGGCUUCGAGUCCGACGAUCUGGCAGGAUGCCCCGUCUUCAGUUAUAUAUCUUUAAACCAGUCAAGGAGUAUACACCAGCUAAAGGAAAUGGGCUACAAAACGUAAUAUAAUCUAGAAGGCAAGAAUUAGAAUUAACUAACUAAUUGAUUAACUAGCCGAGUUGCUAACAAAAACCCAAUGAAAUCAAAUUCGAAUUAAUGAGUAAACCAGAAGCGAUAUAUAUAUACUAAUAUAACGACAUUUUUUUUUGAGGGCAGACAGUGUUGUAAAGUGCUGUAAAGGUAAAGACAAGUAUUAUGGCUAAAGUAGAACCUAAGUUACUGAAUAGCAUUAGCAGUUAGCAGUUAGCACCACCUGAGUUUGUAUAAUAUACACGAAUACCAUAUAUAGUAUAUAUAGAAUACCAAACGUACGAGUAUGUCAGAUCCGUUCAAUUCCCACAUUCGCAGCUGUCGAGCGACACUUUGUGCAAUUAUUUCUUUGGGCCAACACCAUCCAAUUAACCAACUAGCCAAGCAGCCUAACAACCUAACAACUAACUAACGAAUAUACUAACUAGCCGACCAGUUAGGCCCCCCGAUUAUGUGUAGAGCAUUGACUAUUUGUAUAAAAGCUAAGGGAAAGGGAUCGAAUCGCAGAAUCGCAUUCCUCAACUCGGUAACACUUUGCUGCGACUGUAAGUUACUAUUGUGUUGCCAGACAAAAAACCAAUUAUUAAGCGGAGCAGAAACUAUAUAUAUAAAUAUAUAUAUAUAUAAAAAAUUAUACAAAUUCUAUAUAUGUAUAUGUAACUAUAAAUGCAAGAAUUACUAGGCAAAAAGAGCGGGUUAGCAGAAAGCAUUGUUGCCCGAGAAAACGAAAUUGGAAAUUGCAAAACUAAUAAAUGAAAUGCGAAAGUAUUAUAUGAAAAUCAAAA